UAAAUCGAGGCCUGCCCUUCUCUCAGAACUCUCAAAGGACCAAACUUUACCCUUCUGGUUUUGGGUAACCACUAGGACACUUCCCAAGCCAAAUUGGGAAACUGAUUCAAGACUAUGAGGUAGCAUGAUGGGUAGCACCAUCUUGUCUCUGCGCCACAAAGACACAACCUUUAACCAUUUGAAGCAAAUUCACUCCCUCCUCAUUACCCUUGGCCCAUCACAAAACGAUUGCUUGCUGCCCAAGCUUCUCACUUCCAUUGCACCCACCUCUAAGCCUACCCAUCUUGCCUACGCUUCCUUCCUCAUUGACCAUGUACAAGAACCCACCUCCACUCACCUAUGGAACUCCAUCAUCAGAGCAUUUUCUACUACUUCAGAGCCUCACAGGUCCCUUGUUUCAUAUUCAACAAUGCGCCGAAGCGGGGUCGUUCCGGACCAGCACACCUUCCCAUUGCUGCUCAAGGCCUUUCCCAAGUUGAAAAACAAAGACCCAUUUCAGUUUUAUGCUCAUACAGUGAAAUUUGGAUUGAAUUUGGAUCAGUUUGUGGGGAAUUCGUUUAUAUCUGUGUUGUCUGGUUGUGGGUACUUGGAGGCUGCACACCAGGUGUUUGUUGAAAGUACUGAGAAGGAUGUGAUUGCUUGGACGGCGUUGGUUGAUGGGUAUGUUAAGAAUGGUCAUGCUUUGGAAGCAAUGAAGUGUUUUGUGGAAAUGAGAUUGGUUGGGAUUAGGGUUGAUGAGGUGACUGUUGUUAGUGCUCUUUGUGCUGCUGGAAUGGCCGGUGAUGUUUGGUUCGGGCGGUGUGUUCAUGGCUUCUAUGUAGAAGCAGGCAGAGUAAAAUGGGAUGUCUUUGUUGGUAGUGCUCUUGUUGAUAUGUACAUGAAGUGUGGCUGCCAUGACGAUGCUCGAAAAGUGUUUAGUGCCAUGCCGAGUAAAAAUGUGGUAUCUUGGACUGCGUUGAUAGCGGGUUAUGUGCAAUGUGAGAAAUAUAAAGAUGCACUGCUUGUCUUGAAAUGUAUGGUUUCGGAGGAUGUCAAGCCUAACCAAUCUACAUUGUCGAGUGUACUUACCUCUUGUGCGCACGUAGGGGCAUUGGAUCAAGGAAAGUUGAUCCAUGGCUAUAUAUAUAGGCAUAGAGUACAAGUGAACAUGUUGCUUGGAACAGGGUUAGUAGAUAUGUAUGCAAAAUGUGGGUGCAUUGUUAAGGCUCUAUCGGUUUUCAGCAAGCUGCCCAGCAAGGAUGUCUUUACAUGGACUGCUAUGAUUAAUGGGUUGGCAUCACAUGGGGAUGCUUUAGGCGCUUUGAACUUAUUCUCGCAGAUGUUACAGAAUGGAGUUCUACCCAAUGAAGUAACCUUCAUGGGUGUUCUUAGUGCGUGUGCUCAUAGUGGCCUUGUAGAUGAGGGACGCAAGGCUUUUGGAUCAAUGAAGCAAGUUUUCCAUUUGGAGCCAAAUGUAGAUCACUACGGCUGUAUGGUUGAUUUACUUGGUAGGGCUGGGUACUUGGAGGAAGCCAGACAAAUGAUCGAGGACAUGCCAAUGUUGCCUACAGCUGGUAUAUGGGGAACUUUCCUUGGUGCUUGCGUGAUUCACAAGAAUUUUGAGCUAGGUCAACUUGCAGGAAGUCAUUUGAUCAAGCUAGAUUCCAAGCACAGUGGAAGAUUCGUGCUUCUGGCAAACUUGUAUUCAACUUGGAAAAAAUGGAAAGUAGCUGCUGGCAUCAGGAAGCUCAUGAAAGGGAAAGGCGUUGAAAAAAUACCAGGGUAUAGCUGGAUAGAAGUCAAUGGUGCAAUGUUCGAGUUCGCUGCGUUUGACAAAUCACAUUCUGAAUCAGAUCAUAUAUAUGUGAUGUUGGAAAACAUGCUUGUGCAGUUGAGACUCUCUGGUUAUGUUCCCGAGACUAACCUACUAGCAUUUUGACUUUGCUGGAAGCUGAUAAUUAAGUAUCAUAGACUAAUCCCAAAGUCUCAAGCAAUAUAUUGACGAGGAUAUUCAGCUUUGAACUUUGUUGCAUAUAUAGUCAGAAAAUGACAAGUUGCUGCAUCAUUUGUCCGGCUUCUUAUCUGAUUAAUUGAAGUUAGACAGAUGCUUAUAGACUACUUUAAAUCUCUUGGAGA